ACCCCGACCGAUCAUUUACCGCCAGAACGUCACAACGUCAACAAAACGAGUUCACUUCCUAGUUCCUGCUGGUGCCCUAUUCCCUAGUAAUAAAACAAUAAAGUGCAGUGCAGUGGAUUUUUUUUUAUUUUAUCGGAUCAAUUAUAUAAAACGAUGCGCGUGUGUAUAGUCGGAGCUGGUGCGGCUGGACUUUGCGCUGCACGUCACCUCCUCAUCGAGCCAUGCGUGACAGAGCUCGAUGUGCUCGAACAGUCCUCUCAGUUGGGCGGCACCUGGGUGUACACGGAAACCGUGGGAUAUGAUGACUUUGGUCUUCCAAUACACACCAGCAUGUAUAAAAGUCUCAGAACAAAUCUUCCCAAAGAAAUAAUGGGUUUCCCAGACUUUCCGAUCCCCGAAAGCGAGAGGUCAUAUUUGCCGGCCAAGGAUAUGCUUGCAUUUUUACAACUUUACGCUGAAAAACACGGUGUAUCGGAACACGUUAAAUUCAAACACCAUGUACAGCUAAUAAUACCAAAGCAAGGCGCCACUGCGGAGUUAUGGGAUGUAACGUAUAAGGAUCUCAUGACUGGUGUGACGACAACAAAAGAGUACGAUUACGUGUUCGUGUGCAACGGACACUAUAAUACGCCUUUCAUACCAAAUAUACCAGGACUUAAGGAAUUCGAAGGUGAUGUCAUGCACAGUCACGACUACAGAGUGCCAGAUAUAUUCAAAGGAAAGCAAGUUCUGGUGAUCGGAGCCGGCCCAUCCGGCAUGGACAUCGCACUGGAGAUCACGAGCAUGACGGAAAAAGUGAUCCUCAGCCAUCACCUCAAAGAGCAGCCGCGGUCCGUGUUCCCAAGUAACCUCACACAGAAACCAGACGUUGAGAAGCUUGAAGGACGCACUGCGUACUUCAAGGAUGGAAGUCAAGAGGAAAUCGAUGUUGUCUUUCUAUCCACUGGAUACCUUUACAACUUUCCGUUUCUACACGAGUCGUGCAACAUCGUAGUAGAAGAUAAUUGCGUCGAGCCGCUGUACAAGCACCUCGUUAAUAUACAACAUCCCACGAUGUGCUUCAUCGGUGUCCCCUACUACGUGUGCGCCUUCUCAAUGUUUGAUUUGCAGGUGCGGUAUUACGUGCGGUCGAUGAAUGGUACAUUCAAGCUGCCAUCCCGACAGGAGAUGACGCGCCAUUGGGAACAAGAGAAGUCUGAACGAGCUUCCCGUGGGUACACGCGCCGACAAGCGCACAUGAUGGGACCCGAUCAGGAAAAGUACUACGCUUCACUCGCUACAGAAGCCGGCACGGAGAGCAUACCGUCAGUGAUAACGAAGAUAAGGGAAGAGAGUUCACUGCGCUUCCUCCACAACCUACAGAACUACCGACAAGACGUCUACAAGAUUAUAGAUGACGACACGUACGAAAUUAUAAGUAAUGGUAAACGGGAAAUUCUCUGUUGACCUCGAAAACAGACAUAAGAUUUAAUAACACGCGUAAGCUAAGUUUGCCGGUAUACGAGUAAGUGAGAACUGAGAAUUAACAGUAAUGAUACAAAUUGUCCGACAUUGUAAUAACAACUGACUCACCCCCCCCCCCCCCCUUAGUUUCUUAUAGAUUCUCACUCUUCUGUUAACAUAACUGAUCGUUACUAAUUUCAAACCGGCAAACUUAGAUUGCGCGAUAUAUAAGUUACGUUAAGGCUUAAAGAGGCGUCGUACUAAAUUAAUUAAAGGUAUACACCGUAUGUCGAAUACUGUUUAAACAAUAUUUAAUUUAAGUAACCAAACCGCGGUUAAAUUUAAUACAAAAAGAAACUAAGUUAUACAAUUGUUAAGUUAGCGAUAAUAUAAUUAUAUUAUAGAAUAAAAAUACAUUUAUAUUACGUUUGUAUGGAAAUUAUACAAAAAAAAAAAUGUACUCGUGUGUGUGUUUUAUACGAUUUUAUUGAAAUAAAAGACAAACGUCAGCCAAAAAUAUUUUAUUUAAGCGUAUUUAUAAUCUUUAUAUUAUCAAUGCUGAUAUAUUAUUACUCUUUAAAUCUAAUAAUUAUUUGUAUGGCUUUCCACGCAAUACACGCUAAGGUUGUGAAUAAUUCAGGAAAUUCAUAACAGUCUCGUGGCGUAGUGUAGACUACACGAGAAGGCCGUUUCGAUUUUGAUGAAUUAAAUCAAUAUGUUAGUAUACACUCGUGGGCCGAGUUAAGACUCGAUCGUCAAUGAAUUUGUACUUAUUUUAUACAUCUUUUAAAAUUAAAAAUCAUGAAUUCGUUAUAUAAAAAUACCACUUUCUUUCAUAAUUCCAAAUUCGAAA